CGACCACACUCCUUUCAAUCAUGCUCGACCGACAUCAAGAUAUCGAGAGCUCGCCUUACCUCGACCGGCAUGACUCCGGCGAUAACAAACCCAUCCUGGAGCCACAGCUGAAUGUUGGCGGCCAUGGAGCUACGCAGCGCCGCCUCAAGAAUUAUCAUGUCACAAUGAUUGGGUUCUGCUCUGGUAUUGGAACAGGUCUUUUCAUCGGAACUGGCGCUGCAUAUGCGAAUGCCGGACCAGCAGGCUUGUUGCUCGCAUAUAUCAUCGUAGGAAGUGUACUGUGGUGCGUUAUGCAAAGUAUUGCUGAGCUAGCUACUGUGAUCCCAACUGCUGGUUCGUUCCCGCAUUUUGCGAGCCGCUUUAUUGACCCUGCUGUUGGUUUCUCCUUGGCCAUAAGCUAUGGAUAUUGUUACACAAUAUCGAUCGCUGCCGAGUGCUCCGCUUCUGCGAUUCUCGUAGGGUACUGGACUGACAUGUCGCCGGCUAUCGUCAUCAGCAUCAGUCUCGCUCUCAUUCUUGCGAUCAACCUGAUGAACGUGCGCUGGUUUGGCGAGUCUGAAGUCGCCGCUGGUGCGAUCAAGGUCGCAUGCUUUCUUGGACUCGUCAUUGUUUCUAUCGUCAUCACGGCUGGAGGUGCACCGAAUGGCGAGACGACUGGCUUCCGUUACUGGCACAAUCCGGGCGCAUGGGUUGACUACAAUGGCAUUACCGGUCCAACUGGUCACUUCCUGGGGUUCCUGGCAGCGUUUGUGAACGCCUCAUUCUCCUUCAUUGGCGUCGAGGUGGUGGUCAUCACGGCUGCUGAGAGCGUAAAUCCGCACACUGCCAUCCCACUGUCCGCCAAACGGGUCACAUACCGAAUUGCCCUUUUUUACAUUCUUGGGGCGCUUCUCAUCGGUCUUAUCGUCGACCCAAGAAACCCCGGUCUUGUGUCAGAUGCUGGAAAUGCCAACUCUUCGCCCUGGGUCAUUGCCAUCAAGCAAGCAGGCAUCGUGGCACUUCCUUCAAUAGUCAACGCCUGCAUCCUCGUAUCCGCAUGGUCAGCUGGUAACUCCUACUGUUGGGUCGGAUCCCGCAUGAUCGUCGCCAUGACCACAGAUCGCCAGCUCCCGCAGAUCUUCGGGCGAACCUGGAAAAACGGCGUGCCUUACGUUGCAGUCAUCGCUUCGUGGCUUUUCGGGCCCCUCGCGUAUCUCAGUUUGGGCACUGGUGGCGCGGCACAAGCAUUCACUUGGCUAGUGAGUCUCAGCACGGUUGCAGGGUUGAUUGCCUGGGCGACGCUGUGCUUUUGCUACAUCCGCUUCCAUGCUGCGAUGAAAGCUCAAGGACUGAGCAGAGAUAGCCUACCAUGGAAAAGCCCAUUUCAGCCUUUCAGCGCGUGGUAUGGGUUUAUUGGAUCGACUAUCAUAACUUUCAUCACUGGGUUUCCUGUCUUCUUGAAGGGCAACUGGAACACUGGUGAUUUCAUUGCUUCGUACAUUGGCAUACCAAUUUUCAUUGUACCAAUCAUCAUUUGGAAGCUGGUACACAAGACUAAAUUUGCUCGUAGCAAAACCAUUGAUCUUUGGUCUGGACGUCUUCAUAGAGCGUAGAGCGUCGCAUUUGUAGAUUGUUAGGGGAC